UCCAUGCAAGUCCAAGGAAGACUGGAAUGAUAAUUCUUGGUGGGGGUCUCCCAAAGCAUCAUAUUUGCAAUGCCAAUAUGAUGCGCAACGGUGCAGAUUAUGCUGUCUUCAUCAAUACUGCUCAAGAGUUUGAUGGAAGUGACUCUGGAGCCCAUCCCGAUGAGGCUGUCUCUUGGGGCAAAAUACAAGGUUCGGCCAAGACUGUUAAGGUACAUUGUGACGCCACGAUCGCUUUCCCGUUGCUCGUUGCAGAAACAUUUGCCUCAAGAAGAGAGAAGGAAAAGGACGUUACUGCCAAAGUCUCGGGACGCUGAUCCAUGUAACAGUAUGAAUUUUAAAUCUUUGAUCCUUAAAUUGGCUUGUGGUGUCCAGUGAACUCUGUGAGCUUAAAUUAAAUUACCUCACUGAAACUCAGGGGAGGUUCUAGUCCAGAAAUACCUCCUCCGUGGCAGUGCUCUCUUUAUGUAAUGGACAACUGUUUCACUAUUGAUCAAAAGAAUAAAUUUUGGUUCUACAUUA